AUGAAACUAUCCGCUAAUUUCUAUCCAACAUGUCCUCAGCCAGAUUUGACUCUUGGAGCAACCAAGCACGCCGAUCCUAACAUCAUAACCCUUUUACUCCAAGAUGGCGUCUGUGGACUUCAAGUGUUGAAGGAUGAUACGUGGAUUGGCGUCGAUCCUAACCCCCAUGCAACUGUGGUCAAUAUAGCCUCCCAGUUGCAGGUGAUCAGUAACAACGAGUUGAGAAGUUCGGAACACAGAGUUGUGACAAAUUCAAGUAAAACUCGAUUUUCGGCUGCAUUUUUCAUAGGAGCUUCGGAGGAGAGUGUUAUAGAGCCAGCAAAAGCUCUGAUUGAUGAACUCCAUCCUCCGAUUUACAAGUCCUUCAAGAGUAAAGAUUUUCUUUCUAAAUUCUUUUCAAGUUACGGUGACUCACAGGCCACGCUAGAAAAGGGAAAGGAGCGUUCACCCGAAAAAGGGGGACAGGAACAAGCCAAUAUGGAGAAACUUGUUUCAAACUGGUACAAUGUGCGACCUGUGCCUGAGGAUUACAUAUAUCCACCAGAAAAAAGACCAGGCAACAUCCAUGUUCCUAAAGGUGAAGGCAUACCAGUGAUUGAUCUCAGUGAAGCAGAGAAAGGUGAUCGAACACUUGUAAUUCAGAAAAUUCUCAAGGCUGGUCAAGAGUUUGGAUUCUUCCAGGUGGCGAAUCAUGGGGUUUCGGAGAAUUUAAUGGAUGAAACAAUAAGUGUGGUGAGGGAGUUCUUCCAAAUGCCAGAUGAAGCCAGGCAACAUUUGUGCACUAAAGACUUUAGCAAGGAGUGUAUUUAUUUCACAAGCUGUGAAAAUUAUGCUAAUGAAAAGGUUCAUAUGUGGCGAGACUUUCUGCAACACCAGUGUCAUCCCUUGGACAAGUGGCAGCAUUUUUGGCCUGAAAGCCCAGCCAGAUACCGGGAGAUUGUUGGGGCAUGUUCAGUGGGAAUUAAGGAAUUGGCUUCAAGGAUUCUGGGGUUGAUCAGUGAAGGACUUGGCCUGAAAUGUGAACAUUUUGACAAUGAACUAAGCGCAUGUAUGGUUCUGACAGCUCUGCAGUAUCCACCAUGCCCUGAUCCAAGCUUGACUCUUGGAACGUGCCCGCAUGAUGACGCCAAUCUCAUUACUUUUCUACUUCAAGAUGAAGUUUCCGGACUUCAAAUCUUCAAAGAUGAUCAAUGGAUUAGCGUUGAGCCUAUUCCACAUGCUUUUGUCGUCAACGUCGGCUGCCUCUUGCAGGUGAUAAGUAAUGACAAGUUAAGAAGUGUGAAACACAGAGUGGUGACAAAUGCUAUCAGAUUUCGAGCGUCAGCUGCCUUUUUUGUGACGGCUUUGGAGGAUAGUGUGAUAGAACCAGCAAAAGGUGUUGUUGAUGAACUCCAUCCUGCCAUCUACAGACCCUUCACACCGAAGGAUUUCUACAUGAAAUUCUUCGAAAACGAUGCUGACACUGAAGCAACUUUCAAUCAUUUCAAGGCUUGA